GUAAAGAAUCUAGGAGAACUUCGAUAUUUCCUUGGCAUAGAAGUUCUGAGAUUAAAGGAAGGGAUACUCCUCACUCAAAGAAAGUAUGCUCUACAAUUGAUCUCAGAAGUUGGACUUGCAGCAGCCAAGCUAAUCUCCACUCCUAUUGAAUUGAAUCAGAAAUUGAGUACCAUCGACUAUGAUAAGCAUGUAGGAGUCAAGGGAGACGAGGAACUGGAAGAUAUUGGAAGCUACCAAAGACUCAUUGGGAAGUUACUCUACCUAACUAUUACUAGACCAGAUCUUAGCUUUGCAAUUCAAGUACUCAGCCAGUUUAUGCAACAUCCCAAACAAUCUCAUUGGGAUGCAGCAUUGCGUGUGGUCAGUUAUGUGAAAUCAGCCCCAGGCUUUGGAGUUUUUCUAAGCACUGGUCCUAUCAACAGUCUAUCUCCUUAUUGUGAUUCUAACUGGGCCUCAUGUGCAAACACUAGGAGAUCAGUCACAGGGUACAUCUUUAAAUUGGGCGAUUCUUUGCUUUCCUGGAAGUCCAAGAAGCAACAAACUGUGAGUCGAAGUUCAGUAGAAGCUGAAUACAGGAGUCGAGCAGCAACAGCUGCAGAAAUUACAUGGUUUUUAGGACUGCUGAAAGAGCUUCAAGUCCAUGUCCAUCAAUCAGUUCCUAAGGCUACUUUGCAGAUCGCAAUCAACCCCAUCUUUCAUGAAAGAACUAAGAAUAUUGAGAUAGAUUGUCAUUUUGUUCGAGAUAAAAUCAAGACUGGAUAA